GUCCAGCGCGAAGUAUCAUCCUCUCACUUUCUGCUGAUAAAAACAGAAAGACUGACGCGUUUAAAACGUCGGGAACGGCCCGGGACGACCCCAACAGCCCACCCGGGACUUUUAUUCACCGAAGUCCGAUGUGGGUCCCCGGUUCAGGGCCGUUUGGAGUGUUUUAGGGCACAGCUCGGUUCUCCAGUCAUGGCCACCGAAAACAAACUUCAUUUCUGGAGGAGGAACGCAAAGGUUCCCGGAAGCUUGCAGCCCAUCUAUGGGGCGCAGUACCCUCCGCUGGACCCGCGGGUACUUCGCUCGUUCCUCAAAGACACUCCAAAGACAAACAUUGCGAACAUCAAAUCAAAGAAGCCAUCCACAUUCCAUGAGUUUGCACGCAGCACUAACGAUGCUUGGGACAUCGAUGAUGAAGAAGACAAUGACUUCUUCACUCCAUCACACCCCUCUUCUAUUCCCGCACAAUCGCACUCCAAGCCUCAAACGCCUCGUCUCAAAGUGUCCAAACACUUUACUGACACAGAGCCGCAGCCCCAGCCUUUGAACAGACUGGAGCCAGUAAGCACAGAGAUCUGCCCAGAUCAGCUGAGGAUUGACGGUGAGCCCACCAAUGGCAGAGUGGUGAAGUCCAGUAGUGAUGCCCAGCUGAAUAGUAAUACAGCGCGUGGCACGCUUCAGAAACAGCAGUCUCUCCCCGUCCGACCCGUCAUCCCACUGGUCGCCCGCAUUUCAGACCAGAAUGCAUCAGGAGCUCCGCCCAUGACCGUGAGGGAGAAGACCCGGCUGGAUAAGUUCAGACAGUUACUAGCCAGUCCCAACACAGACCUUGAGGACUUGCGGAAGCACAGCUGGUCAGGAAUCCCACGAGAAGUGCGGCCCAUCACUUGGAGACUCUUAUCAGGCUACCUCCCUGCUAAUAUGGAGCGUAGGGAGCAGGUUCUCCGAAGGAAGAGAGAGGAGUAUUUUGGCUUCAUUGAGCAGUAUUACCACUCCAGAACAGAUGAGCACCACAGAGACACCUAUAGACAGAUUCACAUCGACAUUCCCAGGACAAAUCCACUGAUUCCAUUAUUCCAGCAGCCACUGGUGCAGGAGGUGUUUGAAAGGAUUCUGUUUAUUUGGGCCAUCCGCCAUCCAGCUAGCGGCUACGUUCAGGGCAUCAAUGACCUUGUCACGCCGUUCUUCGUUGUCUUCCUCUCUGAGUUUGUGGAGGAGGAUGUGGAGAACUUUGAAAUGGCCGCCCUGCCUCUGGAAACGCAGCGGAACAUCGAAGCAGACAGCUUCUGGUGUAUGAGCAAGCUUCUGGAUGGAAUACAGGAUAACUACACAUUUGCUCAACCUGGCAUUCAGACCAAAGUGAAGGCUCUGGAGGAGCUCGUCAGCAGGAUAGACGAGGAUGUCCACCUUCACUUUAAGAAGUGUGAGGUAGAAUACCUGCAGUUUGCCUUCCGCUGGAUGAACAACCUACUGAUGAGGGAGCUGCCGCUGCGCUGCACCAUCCGUCUGUGGGACACCUACCAGGCGGAGUCGGAAGGUUUCUCUCACUUCCACCUGUACGUCUGUGCGGCCUUCCUCAUCAAGUGGCGCAAAGAGAUCCUCUCCAUGUCAGACUUUCAGGGCCUGCUAAUGCUUCUGCAGAACUUACCCACAAUACACUGGGGCAACGAGGAGGUGGGCUUACUCCUGGCUGAAGCCUACAGGCUCAAAUACAUGUUUGCAGACGCUCCCAGCCACUACAAAAGAUAAGGGGGUCCUGAUUCACUGACGAACACAACCAUGACUCCCACACUAUCUCAGUCUAGAGGCAUUUCCUUAAUCUCCUGUUAUGUUCGCCGAGGCCGAUGGGGAACACCGCACUGCUGGGAUGGCCAAAAAAAAUGAGAUCUUGAACAAAGUUCCUCUGCUGCAGCGCUGAUAGGCUCCGCUUUCAGCAGAUAAAGACUCGACACCACGUCUGAAAAGUUUUUUGUGAAUCUUUUAUGAAACUAAUAACAUGACGGAGAAGGAAGCGGAAUGGCUUCUCAGCCGCUUUAUGAAAAAUGUUUUUAUUGCGUUUUAUUUUUUAAUAACCUCUUGCAUUGUAGCUCCUUGCGCUCUUGAUUUCUCUAAAAUGGAGCAUGCACUCUUCCUUUUUUUCAUACUACAAGUGAUCCUUUUUCUUUUUGGUCUCAGUGAGUGGCGUCUGCCUGCUGCGCUUGCUUCUUCCAUUGCUCUGUUGACUGGACCAGCGUUGGCUCCAUUCAUCUCCGAAGUCAUCAGUGCAGCUGUUACUGCAGUGCUGUGGUAAACGAAGGAAACUACAGCAGCCAGUCAGGGUCACUUCUGAUGAGAUGCAGCGGUACAUGUCUGUUGGCCUGUAAUAGAGUCAGUACGCACCCGGCUGAGCGAGUUUUCGACUCCACGCUUGUAGAAGACUGUGAAUUUUAACAAUCAAGGACGACGUCCUACUUUCUGAAGGUGGCCUAGCUUCACGUGAAGCCCCCACAUAUUGCACAAAAAGGAGUUAAAGAUUAAAACAUGGGUACAUUUUUUUCCGCAGUAGCGGAAUUUCAGAAUCUACUACUGAGACGGUGUUGCAAAGACAGCUUCACACUGUAGUGAAAUAUUAAUAAUAAGGUUUGUAGUGAGUGAAUCAGUCUAGUACAAGGACUGUCUUUGCACCAGUUGUGGGAAGAAAAACUACUGAGUCAGUAAUGCAAACUGAACUGUGUGAAUGUGGAAAAUUCUUGUGCAGCACAAACAGUCUGCUUUCUCUUUGUUUAUGCCCUAAAAACUGCUAGUAGAAGUUGUCCUAUUAUGGUGAUCCAGGACCAGCUCCUCCCACCCAAAAUUUUGUGUUUAUCAUUAUUGGAGCACAUAGAAACUGGUCCCAGAUCAGCGUGAAAACUUUUGGAGGGGAUGAGUUUCCUACAAGGAGCUACACACCCAAAAUCUUUCAGGGUUGGGUGUUAAAGUUGGGUACAUGAAAAUUUUCAGUGUAGGACAAAUUGGCCAUCUAUGCUUUUAGCAAACAGUUCAGCAAAAAGAAGUGGCAAAGUACUAUUAUAAAUAUAUGCAGUUUUAUUACUGUUACUUUUGUGUACAAAAACUCAAAGUACAGCAAAGGUAAUGCUUGACUUUACAGUCCCUUAAGUUUAAGAUAUUAACAGGUAAUUAUUUUAGGUACCAUGAUGGUAAAUUCCAAGACGGUCUUACUAAAUUACACUAAAAUUCCCAGCAGGUUUAGCUAUUACAUAAAACAUAUUCAUAAUCUAAGACGUCACAGGUGGAAGAAUAGAUAUCCCGUGAAUGUAUUUUUUUUUUUUGUAUUGAAUGUUUUACAAACAUAAAUUUAGAUAUGCAAAUAACAUAUCUAUUACAUAUGCAUACAUUUGAUUUACAUUGAUUUAAAAAAACAAGCCUUUUAGUCUGGAUGAUAUUUCCUGUGAAGACACUCCCCAGAGAGAGGAGUUUUGCAGAACAAAUGAUUGAAAUCUCAUUUCAAAUAUUACAUGAAGGUUAAAAAUAUAUAUAUAUUUUUACCUUCAUGUAAUAUAUAUAUAAUUUUUUUUAAUGAAUGGGCCUCAGAACUGCAUUACCCAGUAAGAUCUCAGAAACAUGGAUAAUUUGAGUGAAUGUUAUUAGUACAAAGGAAACGGGACCAAAAUUGUGAUUUUUCUGCUUGUAUUGCUGAGAUUUAAUAAUAUGGACAUCAUUUCACUGUAAUGUCACAAGUUUAAGCAAGUCAGUUAAUCAUAAAAAUCAAAGUAAUUGGUAAGGACCCAGUAGAACUAAUACUAAGAAUCAGGUAUUUUCAAACUUGUCUUGGAUAUUUGAGUCUGCACUGAGGACCAAUUCCGGGCUUGUUUGGGGGAUGGGCUCAUUAUUGCUCAUUUGCUUUCACACACAAGAAUUCCAUCCAAACCAGGAAUCUGUUGUGUAAUUCCAUAUGCAAUUGUUUUGCAUGCAGUUUUGCAAAAUGGUAGAACAAUUUUUUUCUUUUCUUUCAUAUGUGAUCCCCUGUUGGAUAUAUAUCUGAUUUGUGGCUAUGCACCGUUAAUAAGAACACUCAGAUUGGGUUUCGUCUUUUUUUUUUGUUUUUGUUUUUUCUCUCCCCACUACUACAUCGUUCAGCAGCAUCAAACCUGAAAUUAGUGCCAAUAGGCUGGGCACAAGUAUCUGAUCCUUUUACAGCCCUGUCUCACUCCAGUAAUGAACAGCUGAGAGCAGUUCAGUUCUAAUUAUGCUGAAAAAGGCUUGUUCUGCUGGUUAGUUUGUUUGCUGUUCAUGAUGCACGUGAUUCAUUCAUGUGACGUUACUGAUUAGAAUAUACGUUUCGGAACGCAGUUAAAUUUGCAUGACAGAUGUGAGUAACUUAAUACGCAAUGGUAAACCAUCAUAUUAGGAUCUUAGCAGAUCAUAGCAAAAAUUGGACUUGAGCAAAGAGGCAUGCCAUCUGAAAGCAGCCAUGUAUUUUUGUACUCCUAUUUAGGCACCUGGCACUGUUUUCAGUUUACCUUCUUUCUGGGUCAUGCGACAUUGCAGUGAAAUGAACUGUCCACCUUGUCACUCCAAGCAGUUAUUCAGUUAUAAGAUAUUCGACUGUUCUUUAUCUGCUUAAUAUCUAGAACCUGUUGGGCAUUUCAGUGUUAUUUAGUUGCAUCUUUACCCAAGAUGAUUAACUUCUUACCUGUUUAUAUAUUAAUACAGCCUUUUUAAGUUUAAGUUUUAAAUUAGCAGCUGAUUUGCUAGUUGAAGUAAAACUACAACAGUAAUCAUGUUUUUGAUUACUUAUCACAUGAAUGUGACCAAGUCAAGUGAGCAAAUUCCUCCUUGGAGAAAACUACCACCUGAUUUGCACUUGAAAGCAGCAUAAGACCACUCUCAGCUCCUAUAAGUACAUGAGGCAGAAAAAGAAAUCCAAGCCAGAUGUAUUUCUAUCCCUGCCCAUAGAAAUUCAUUACGUUUGACCCAAAGUGGAAAUACGUGGUACAUUUAAAAGCCUAAGAAAAUAAUAGGCCAAUACUUAUUAAUAGUAUUUUUGAUUUGAUUCAGAUUCUCUUAGCAUAUAAAGAUACGCUACGAAUAAAUUAGGUAUCCUAAUAUAUUACUGUGCGUUAUUGUCCUUUGGAGUUUUUAGAGUAUUUAAAAUUCAAAAGGACUACAAUGUUUCCAAAGAGGGGUCAGGUCACUUCCAAUAACCAGGCGGUUUUCAAAAUAUUCAGAAUGUAAAAUAACGUUUGACUACAAUGUUUUCAAAGAGGGCUUAGUUCACCUCAAGUAACCAAGCAAUCAGUUUUCUAAUCCCAUUGAUGGUUUUAAUAAUUAAUGGGUAAGUGUCUUUCUAUUUUAAUUAUUGAAGCAAAUGGAGUGUAUGUGAAUAGAGAGAACUGUCAGGAUUGGUUAAAAGUGAUGGUGUUAUAUUGGCCUUGCCUCUGCACAGAGAUGGAAGGGAGGAAUGAGGCAGCUGAUGUUGAAGGCUCUGAGUAAUACGCCGUAGUCAAGCACAGUCUCUCCAUCGCUUUGCACGUAGCACGCUGUUUAUCCUCGUCGCCAUGACUACCUUCUCAACCUUUGAAAUGGUGGCUUCUUAGGUGAAUGAAGAGCGAUGUAAUGUAAUGUUGGAUUUUAUUCCAAGUAAUUUUGGGCCAUUUCUGUUGGUCUCGUCAUCAUGAAAUGUUCAGAUCAUAUUAAAAAAACAUGAGGUACAAGGUUCUGAUUGGACAACGAUAACACACCACCAUUGCUAGCUUAGGACAGCUGUUACACGUUGCCUUUACUGUGAAGCGUUUGCAAUAUUUGUUGUGGUUUAAAACUGGAGUGGUCCUUUUCAUCAGAUUUUCAUUCGAUCUAUGGGUUGUUCUUGGACCUUAAAGCGAUAUUUCAGCACAGAAUCUUUUUCCCUUUCCUCAAAUGUCGCCAUCCAGCCGAGACACAUUUGUUGUCCUGUUAAUCACAAACUUGCUUGUUUGGCUUCUGUCUAGGGUGUCAUUAUAUCCAUAUUAAUACUCAUAAGUGUUCGCUGGGACAGUAUGCACUGUCAUCUGAAUCCAAUACAGUUUGAUUUUUGCUUCAUAAAUUUGGAGUAAAUUCCUCUAGGGAUGCCAAACCAGGCAUCUUAAUUAGGUGUCGGCUGUCACAAUGUCAGAAAUGUCCAAAAACGAAGUGAUUUUCAUUGAAGAAUAUUACAAUAACUGGUUGCCAAAUCAUCUGAUCAUUAAAAUGAACACUCUGCAGGCCUCUGAGUGACCAUUCCACUGGCAGAAAAGAAACACACCUGCGAUAUACUUUUAUUUACAUAAAUAAAAUUCUAAAUGAAUUCAAAAUAUAAUUAAAACAUAACUCGGGCAUUUCUAAGGUACAUUUUUAACCUGAUUAGAAAUAUUGCAAUUCAAAGCUGAGCUGAGGGACCUCCCAUAAUAGAUUGAAAAUGCAUUUUAUGGCUGCUUUGAAGAAAAAAGGUUGAUUACUACUAAUAAGUCAGUACCUGUACUGUAGUAUUAAUUGGCAGACUGUAGCAUAUAUGUGAGGCUGUAUCAUCUAUGGAAACAUAAGGAUCAAAUUGGCUACUAAAAGUGCAUGGAUUGGAUUUGGGGCAAAACAAAACUGGAUUUUACGUGAGAUCCCUCAUGCCUACUGUUCUAAUAAAGAACACACUAAAGAACUCCCACCCCACCCCUUAACUGUAUAUUUGUGUUGAGUAUGCUUUCACUGGAUGCUGUAAUCUCAUUAGUAAGACUUUGAUCAAAAACAAAAGCAAAAAAUAAUGUAUCAUGGUGCAAAAUCCACAAUUUGUAUCAUGUCAUGGAGCUUUGCAUAUUGUAACAUGCCUACUUCUUAUACUGUAUGGCAUUCCUUAAAAAAAAAAAAAACAACAUAAAUGGGGACGAAUUUCAAGCUCGCUGCAUAUGGGGUGAGUGGAAUAUUUAGCAAAUUUGACUUUUCUGGGCUAUCGCUUUAAGUGCUAACCACCCCACUGCUGAAAGCUGUCAACAGUAAUGUUACACAGAACAAAGAAGCCAGUAGUUACAGCAGUCUUAUGAUGGGAAUGCGCUUUACUUCAGAAUUCAGAUGCCCCCUUUGUUAAAUGAUGAGCCGUUAUUCAGUAGGGUUUGGAUGAACAUCACUUUAAAAUACAGGGUAAACUACACCUUUUGGACAUGCAGAUGUAGUUUCUGUGCAUCAGGAAACUGUAAGAGGAGCUCCUCUAUAAACAGCUCCACAGAGAAACAAUGGGGAAUGUGAGCGGCGCUGAGAGCAGGGCAAUUUCCACAGAAAAUAAGGGCUUUUCACAGCUCUUCCGGCCAAAUGAAGUGUUUCAGGCGAGAGUGAUAUCAGCUCUAAGAACAGGAGGUAUAAUUUUAUUCUAGGAAAAUUGCCCUAGAUUGACUAAGUGAUUUGUCUUUGUUUGAGCCAGUUGUUUCCCUGUGGGGCUGCUUAGCAUGUAUUGAUAUGAUGUCACCUGUUUGUGCUCUCAGAUACCCCCUUAUUCUUGGUUCUGGCUUGGAGAGAAGGCUGCACUAUCGCUGCUGUGCUUCUACUUUUCUGAGCUACUCCAAAGGUGUAGUAAUGCUAUAUUUAAGAAAUAUAGAAGAAUUUUAAGGAAAUAACAAGAAUCUCCAUUACAGAGUUUUCCAACUCAAUUCCUAGAGGAAUGCAGCUCUGCAUGGUCUAUUGUUUCUUCUGCUCCAACACAUGAGCCUCUUUGAUAAUGAACUGAGGAGCUGAAUAAGGUGCAUUGUGUGUUGGAGCAAGGAAAGAAAUGGCAGCCCUGCAGGAACAGAGGUUGAUAACCCUGUUUUUCUCUCUUUUUAGACACUGAUUAGCCCAAGCUAUACAUGACCAGGGAGGAUUCUCCAGUGAAAAGAUUUUUAAAUGCUUGGCUUAAAUAUCAAUAGGCUUAAAGGGACAUUCCGGCCUACAGACAGAGUUUAAUGCUAUUUGUCCUGUUAGUGUUCGGUAGGGGAACGUUAUAACCCCGACUUCACUGAUUUUACACAAUUCACAAUUGUGUAUCAUUUUUGUGUUCUCAUUAAAUGUUUUCACACUACAGUGCCCAGAAUGCAUUUCUCAAAUAUAUACUGUAAGCACUGGGAAUCGCUGUGGUGUCAACCAGUCGUAACUGCAAGCCUAGCCCCUGAUCUAGAAGCUAGUAAAUACAGCCAAGCCUAGUAUUAAGCACUAGCGUUGAACAUUCUGUCUACUAUUCAACACAGAAUGGACGCCAGAGACGUUUUGGCCCUUUUAGUCAGAAACAAGUAGACAAACAGUUGUUGUCCUAGUUACCAAGGGACCUUGCUAACUUUAGUAAUGAAGAUUUGAAGACACAGUUAUUUGCUACAGGUGCAGCAGUCGUAUGGCUGCAGUAACAUUUGGCUUCCUAGCAGUGAUGCUAUCUGGCUUCCUGCAUUUACCAGCUAACCAAAGAAAUCCGGCUCACCCCCAGAAAUCCCCCCCAAAGCAGUUGUAAUUUUUUCAAAAUUUCCUCCCACUUUCAAGGUAUGUCAUGAGAAGGGUUUUUACAGAGCUCUGUAGGUGACAUCCUGUAUAAAUAAAAGUAAUGUGUGGCCACAACUUAGACAUGGGAAUGAGAUGGUAAGGUGUGGGAGCAAGAUUGUCGUGGCCAUGACUUUGCAAGGCAUGGGAACGCGAUCCUAAUGCAUGGUCACGACUUCUUAAGGCCUGAUCUCGUUCCCACACCUUGCCAAGUCGUGGCCAUGACUUACUUAUCUCAUUCCCAAGCCUUACUAAGUCAGGCCACGACUUAUUAACAUGCGGGAACAAAAUCCUAAUGCAUGGCCACGACUUAGGAAGACAUGAUCUCGCUCCCACUCCUUACUAAGUCAGGGCCACAACUAAAUUUUCAUUCCCACGCUAUGGCCACACAUUAGGAUCUUGUUCCUUCGUGUUAAUAAGGCAUGGCCACGCAUUAUCUUUAUUUAUAUGGGAUGUCACCAGCAGAGUUCUUUAGGUUUCCAUAGUCUUUAAACCAGAAUAUCUCACUCUAGAUGCUGCUGCAGCACAGGUUUAGGGUGGAAAUGGACGUGAUGGCAGCAGAUAUAGCGAUGGUUAUGCUUUUCUCUUUGGCCGGCGUGUCCCUUUUACGUUUAUUCACAGCUAACUGGACCAUUUUAAGAAUGUGGAAAAAUGACUGACGCCUUGACGUUCCACAGCCAUAGUUGUUCCUGAAUGUGUAGACGACCUGACUUGAUCUCGACCUAAUGAUUGUUUGAACCUCUGUCACGCUUCUUCUUCUUCUUUGUGUGUAAAUUUGAUUUUAAACCACACUGUGAUGUUUGGUUGAAGCCAUUAUGCCUACAGCUACAUCAGUUAUGCUGUUCAUUAAUUCUUGAAAGCUUUUUUUUAUUAUUAUUAUUAUUAUUAUUAUAAUUCCACUGUUUACAUGCAAUAAUGAUGUAAACAAAGUGAUUAGAGCUGCAGAAUCUUGAAAAUGUAUUUCUGCGGGUAAUUGACCGUGGGCUCCUGUGGUAGUUGGGUUGGGGGGGUUGGGGGUUUAUGGGGAAAAUUUCUCAUUUUAAUUUCUCAGUAAUCAUAUGGCAGGGUCACAUUCUGUGUCUCUAUCUUUAGUGCUACAGCUUAGUAUCACAGAUCAGUAGAAAAUACUGUAAAUCAGCCAGAAGCCAGUUUUUUCGCAUUGCAGUAUCCCAUCUUGUUGUCGUUCCAGAUUUGUCCAAAUGUGUUUAUGAACACAAGCAUGCUGACCAACUGGUGGUAUUUCACAAAGGAGGGAGUUCUCAGUUAGCCACAGAGCUUAAGCCAAAACUUGAGCUGUCCAGUAGGAGAAGAGGUAAAUGCCAUUCCUAUUGGCCAGUCCUUAGCAGGAACUUUAACUAUCCAGCCUUACUGAAAUGUCCUGCUUUAUGAAAUACCCUGUGGUCUUAAAAUAGGCUCAGACAAUUGCUGACAAGUUCACAUGGAUUUAUCUAGCAGUAGAUUCCAGAAGCAAGAACUCUAUUGCUUAUUUAGUCUUACUUGUAGCUCCUUUACAAUUCAUACAUCUUCACAUCUUUAUACACUCCGGCAUUGUUCAAGCUGAUCUCUGUCUACUGCAUCUUUAUCUCACCAUAGAGAAUGAUUUUGUGUGUCCAUUUGCUUAGAAGUACAGAGCCCUAAUGAUGACAUCCUGUAUAGAUAAAAAUAAUGCGUGGUCAUGCCUUAUUAACGUGUGGGAACGAGAUCCUAAUGCUAAUGAUUUAAGUCAUUGCCAUGACUUGGUAAGAAGUAUAGAAGUCAUGAGAAAAUGUCUUGAGGAAACUGUUCUUAGAAACUUUCAAACACUGGACCAGAUCUGGUUACUUUGACUUUCCCAAAGGUUUUUUGCUCGGACAGGAGCCUCUAAAAGCUCCACCCACAUGACUAUUCGCUCUAGAAAACCAGUCCCAUCUUAGUCUUGUCUUAUGGGGCCAACCAUGAUCCCAGAACAAGAGUCUGGGGAACAGUCGUUUGGGCUGAAACCCUCAAGGGUACAACUUUAUAUAGGGAACAGAAUUGUAUCCUAUAAUAAUACCCAUAAUAUUUCAUUGCAAUUGUAUUGUUUUACAUUGUGUUGACUCCACCCAGUCCGUCUUGACUCCCAGCUUUUUAUUGUAUAGUUUUGCUUUAAAAUAUUAGGUUACGAAAAGGUAUAAAUAUGUACCUUCACCCUGGCUAAAAACUUUAAGGUACCCAAUUGGAAACUGUUGUACUUUUGAGGGUACAUUUACUCUGAUUGUACCUGCAUAGUACCUUUUUCUCUGACAGUGGAGGGACGGAGUCUGUCACUAGCCCAUGGACCAGAAGUUUAAGUUGGCUCCAGACAUGUAUACGAGAUCACGCCUGGCCUUGUGAGGCCAGUCCCUUCCCUGAAAGAACCUCAUAUACAGAUUUACAGUCUAUUUUGCAGAUACUUUUGAUUUGAAAAAUUCACAGUUCCAUAUUUCAAGUUGACCUGUUUUCUGUGCUUUUCUUGGAACAGGGAAGUGACCCUGUUGUCCAUGCUCGACCAUACGCUACAGAUGUGUCAGGUAGAGAUUUGGUUUGAAAAAUGCUGGAUUAUUCCUUUUAAUAAAGCAGCUUGUGGUCCAAAACUGAUUUUAUUAUAAAUGCAGCUCAGUGUAGAGGUGCUGCAAUUGAGCCGUGGAGGCUGAAAAGGUCUCCUGAAAGCUCCUGUGGUUCACGGCCAAUCUAAGGAGACAGAACAAGGCCUUUCUGCUAGGCGGGGAUGGCAUUUUUUCUCCCUUAUUUCUUUUUUCUGAAGGAAAGAAGGAAAAAAGCGUACUAGUGGCCCACUGGUGCAGCCACCGUGUUUAUUUAUAGCCAUGUCCUAGGUGUCCUAAGGUAUUUGUCUCCUUCUUGUGACUUGUCCUGGGUUCCCCUGUUUUUGCAUGUUGUUUUUUUUUUUUCUUUCUUUCUUUUUCUUUUUUUCUCACUCCUUUCUCUUUGAAUGAAAUGGCUCAGUCAAAAAUCUCACGUUGCUAAUAGUAAAUGAAAGUGAAAAGCUGCCAAUUAGCAUUAUGCAGAUGGUUAUGCUAAUUGGUGGCCACUAACUUCCAUUCAUAGCCAUGUUAGCAUGAUUGUUCGUUGAUUUUUAGUUGUUUAUUGUUUUUGUCAGGGCUACAUUUUACGGUAGUACCACCUUUUUUUUGAUAAUCAGCAUUUCAGAAUGUGCCCUAUAUAUUUUUUUUUUCUUUUGGGUCAUGCGUUUGCCCUCGGUUGGCAAACUGACACGGUGCUUUGUUCUGCAUUAUUCAUCUGGGGUUGCUCCGAGUUUCAUCAGAGCCAUGUUUUGGGGGUGUGAUUUUUGAUGAUAAUUUUUUCACCAUUGUAGUGUGUGUGAACUGUACUGUAGCUUGGGCAGCUUGUAGCGCUUUGAUUGUGUUGCAAUGCAAAUGAGUGCGGCGCUGAUUUUGUAGCUUGUUCCUUUAGCGAGGCUCUGAGUGCAUCAGUCUACUCAGUAAGACCUGAUCACAGAUCAGUUCCCACCUCCCACAUCAUCACAAUCAGGUAGAACGAUGACUGUCGGACCGAUUCUGGAUCGAGUUUGGAAUGACUGAUGCUCUUUAGAGACCUGGCUGCUUUUGCUUCUUUGUUUUUGUUGGUAUGUUUGUGGAAUAUGCCAAAACUCCUCCAGUCAUUACUCUGGCUUUCCCUGCGUAAUCAGUGCUUCAGUAGUCAAUGCUGGUUUUAGCCUUAAAAGCAAAGAUUACAGUUGUGUGCUGUAUAUGUACUUUUUCUUGUUUAUAUUAAACGAUUGGUACUAUAA